UUACCUAAAUCUUCCACAAACCUCUAGGAAAAAAAAAAGAAAAAAAGAAAAACAAGUAAACAAACAAAGAAAAACAAAUGAAGAAAAACUUAGCAUUGCCAAUAUUUCUUGUUACUUUAUUGAUAGAAAACCACCACAUCUUUUUAAAAACAGAAGCAGCAGGAGGAUCAAGAAACAAUGGAUUUAUUACAACAAGAGGAGUGCAUUUCAUGUUAAAUGGUAGUCCAUAUUAUGCUAAUGGCUUUAAUGCAUAUUGGCUAAUGAUGUUAGGAUCUGAUCCUUCUCAAAGACACAAAGUUUCAGCUGCUUUUCAAGAAGCUUCUUCUCAUGGUCUCUCUGUUGCAAGAACUUGGGCUUUUAGUGAUGGUGGUGGGGUUCCUUUACAAUACUCCCCUGGUUCUUACAAUGAGCAAAUGUUUAAGGGGUUGGAUUUUGUGGUGGCUGAAGCAAGAAGAUUUGGAAUAAAGUUGAUUUUGAGUUUGGUGAACAACUAUGAAAACCUUGGUGGCAAAAAACAGUAUGUGAAUUGGGCUAGAAGUCAAGGCCAGUACUUAACUUCAGAUGAUGAUUUCUUUAGAAACCCUGUUGCUAAAGGAUUUUACAAGAACCAUGUCAAGACUGUGCUUACUAGAUAUAAUUCAUUCACUGGAAUUAUGUACAAGAAUGACCCAACAAUUAUGGCUUGGGAGCUUAUGAAUGAGCCUAGAUGCCCUUCUGAUACAUCAGGAAGAACAAUUCAGGCAUGGAUUACAGAAAUGGCUGCACAUGUAAAGUCCAUAGACCGCAAUCACUUGCUAGAAGCCGGUCUUGAGGGGUUUUAUGGCAAGACCAAAUCCCAGAAUCCUGGUUUUGAUAUAGGAACAGACUUCAUUUCAAAUAACCAAAUCCCAGGCAUUGACUUUGCCACUCUCCACUCGUAUCCUGACCAAUGGCUAACUAACUAUGAUGAUCAAUCUCAACUCAACUUCCUAAACAACUGGCUAAGAAUCCAUAUUCGAGAUGCCCAAUACAUCCUCAAGAAACCCUUACUCUUAACAGAAUUUGGGAAAUCCGCUAAAGAUCCCAACUUUAGCACAUACAAAAGAGACCAACUAUUUAAUAUGGUCUACAACAACAUAUACCUUUCAGCUAAACAUGGUGGUGCUGCUGCUGGAGGCUUGUUCUGGCAGCUUUUAGCCGAGGGAAUGGAGUCAUUUGGUGAUGGGUACGAUGUAGUGUUGAGCCAAGGGACCUCGACAGCUAACAUUAUUAAUCAACAGGGCCACAAACUUUUCCAGAUUAGGAAAAUAUUCGCUAGAAUGAGAAAUGUUCAAAAAUGGAAACAGGCUCGUGCUGCUAGACGGGCUCAAUGGUUGGCUUGGAAACGUGGCGUCAAACCUAUCGGAAACUAAACAGUAACCGUAACAGUAAUGGUAACAUCUGAAAAAGUCGAUUUGGUUUAAUGUAUUGAUGUUUGUAGUGCUGUCUCUUAGAGAUGCAUAAUGUUCGUCCAGGAGGGUGGCAGAAACUAUUAUAUUUAUGUUUUUUGAAGUGACAAAUAUGUUUGUAUUUGAUCCAGAAAGAAAGAAAAAGAAAUGGGUCAUGGUAACUUAUAGUGUAUGAUGUUAUAACAUGAUGGUGAGGAUUAUUAAGACGUGUAACACCAUAUGUAUUUUCUUUGUUGGUGUUUGUCACCUAUUUUGAUAAAUUUUAGCAAAAGUAUUGAUGA